UUUCCAUAUCUAAAUGGCACGAGUAAUGAUUAUUCCGAAUAAUUUGAAAUGCCAUUUCACAUUGUUGGGUUUAAAACUAUGAAUAAAUUCUUCCAAUAUUCUGCCAGCACCAUAAUAUAUGCCACCAAGCAAAGCAACCCUGCAGAAAAAGAUACAUAGUUUAAAGGGAACAAAAGACAAUACAGAGCUGAAUAUGAUCCAAAAAGUGAUCUAUUGGAUUGUGAGUUCAUGCUAAAAGGGAAAUGGUUUCAACGAAAGGAUGUCGAGAUAAAAAACAGCCGCGGUGAUGUGCUUCAAUGCAGUCAUUACAUGCCUAUAGUCAGUCCUGAUGGAAAGCCGCUACCGUGCGUGAUAUAUUGUCAUGGAAACAGUGGAUGCAGGGUAGAUGCUAGUGAAACUGCUAUGGUUUUACUUCCUUCAAAUAUUACAGUUUUUGCUCUUGAUUUCUCGGGAUCAGGAGUUUCUGGUGGGGAACACGUCACUCUUGGUUGGAAUGAAAAGGACGACCUGAAGGCCGUGGUCAACUAUCUGCGGACGGAUGAAAGUGUUUCCCUCAUUGGUCUAUGGGGACGCUCAAUGGGCGCUGUGACUAGCCUUAUGUAUGCUGCUGAAGAUCCUUCAAUUGCAGGGAUGGUUUUAGACAGUCCCUUCUCUGAUUUGGUUGAUUUGAUGAUGGAACUUGUCGAUACAUACAGAUUCCGUCUCCCAAAAUUCACUGUGAAGUAUGCAAUUCGAUACAUGCGAAGAACAAUCCAGAAGAAGGCCAAAUUUGAUAUAAUGGACUUGAAUACCAUUAAGGCAGCAAAAUCUUGCUAUGUCCCUGCUCUACUAGGGCAUGGCAUUGAUGAUGAUUUCAUACAUCCCCGUCACUCAGAUCGCAUCCUCGAGGCUUACAUGGGAGACAGAAACACAAUUAAAUUUGAUGGAGAUCACAACUCGCCGCGUCCUCAAUUCUUUUUUGAUUCCAUAAACAUCUUUUUUAACAAUGUUCUUCAACCUCCAGAGGACGAGCUCGGGGAAUCUUUUUUCGACUUUACUAAUGAUUUCUUUGGUAAGGAUGUUUGGCGAUCCGUGCAUGAAUUAGACUAUCACAAUGAACCGUCCGAAAACAAAGAAUCAUCAACAAGCACCAUGGAUGCCACGAAGCAAGUUCAUCAAAAAAAACCGAUGAGUAGGAUGGAGGAAGAAAAAUGUGAUGAUUUUUCGUCAUCACCAUCAACAAUGCUUAGCUUUGAACUGUCCAAUGGUCAUCUCUAUGAUCCCCGCGUUCCUACCACGAUGGACGAUGAUGAUCAGUAUGUGGAAUAUCAUCUCGAUGACCUUACCGGCGUUCCAUCUAAUGCAGAGGAAGAGCAAAGAAUGUUGAUGGAAGCUGUGAUAGAAUCCUUAAAAGACGGAAAAAUACAAAAUCCACAGGUAGAACAACCUCCAUUAGAUUCAUCGAAUAAAGAUGAUUCUUCAUAUAAGAUUUCCAAAUCUAUAAAGACAGAAACCACUUCUGCAGCAUCUGUUGUAUGCGAGCCCUUGAAAGUGGACUCAAACACGGCUCCAUCGCUACCAUCACUGGACUCUUCAUCAAGUUCUUCUCAUUGUGAUAGUUCUGCUAGCAUGAAAUGUUCUUCAUCUGAGAUUGACAUAUCACAUAAAACGAAAGCUACAUUAACUGUCAUUAGGAAUCCAGCAGGGCAUGUGAUGAACGGAUUAAUGCGUCGAUGGGAUUUCAACUUUUUACGAAACAGUCACAACCGACUAAAAUAGUUAGCUAGUUAGUCUUAUUUAUUUACAGGAAGUUGUUAUACAUUAUUUGUCAGUAAAGAAAAAAGUUUGUAGUUAGAAACAAGUUUUGUGUGUGUAAAUUUUGCAGGAUUGAGUUAUUCGAACAUAUCAGUUAAUGUUGUUUGACUGUAAGAGAGGAUUGUUGUGUUUUUUUACCCAUACAAACAAAAGUUGCUGGAUUUGUUAUUUA